GGAGAAUGAAGAAAAUGAUCUUGCAUCAGGAACUUUCACAUGGAAAAUUGACAAAUUCUCCAAGUUGAAUGCUGACAAGUGUUAUUCUGAAGUUUUUGUUAUUGGCGGUUUCAAAUGGCCUUCAGCAUGAGUUCAAUGCGAAUGAGAGUGACUGGGGACUCAGAGAAUUCAUGCCUUUAAGUGAGAUCCAUGACCUUUCUAAAGGCUAUCUUAUGAAUGAUAUUUGUAUUGUUGAAACCAAUGUUUCAGUUCGUAAGGGUGAUAUUAAAAUAUUAGACAACGAAACUGGCGAGCUUAUGGAUUUUAAGGGUUUAGGACGAAUAGAGUUAGCUUUUCUUCCACUGCUGGAGGAAGUCUGUUUGUUGCAUCCUUCAUUAAUUGAGUGCCAACAGAGGAGAAGCCGUACAUUUGUCGAAUGUGCAUUCACAACAUUGGGCCGACUCUUACAUUUCCUGAGGACUACAAAGGUGAAGAAUUUGAACCAAGAUGGCUAUGAGAGGCUUCAAAUUUUAUGGGAUGAGCUCGAGUGCUUCAAGUUUGACUUGACUUGGCUGCAGCCUCAUGUUCAAUCUGUUUUUGGUAUGAAGAACAUGACCGGAAGAGUUGAUAGAAUGAGAGAAGACGUCAAAAUUUUGGAGAAUGAAAUCAAGAGUCGGAGGCUUAUGCUAGCAGCUGCAGAGGUCGACCUUGAGAGAGCGAAAGAAGAUUUGGUAAAGGCAGAACAAGGGUUUAAAAAGACAGGUGAUGUGGAUUGUGUAAUAGGCUAUCCGAUGGCUUAAAUGUGGAGUUCAAAUUCUCUCUAUUCUGUUACUAGUUUGUUAAUGCUAUGUUUGCAUUGUAUUGCUUCCAGCAGGACUCGUGAGUCAUAAAAUGUUUGCAUCCAAAAAUCUUGCU